AUUUUUAUGCCAUAUCGGGAUUUUUCAACCUGGACAGCCGCGACCGCAGACGUUCACGAAGUCGAACGGCUUUCCCGCCUAGCAAGAUAACCUCGAGAGGUGAAUCCUCGGUGACUUGAAAGAGAGCGUUCUUUUUUGGGUUGAGGGGUGGCAGGAUUCCGCAACACUGUCAAGUUCCUGCGGCACAGCAGAGGAGCACCGUAUUCAGACUCACACUCCCACACUCUCGCUGUCUUUUCUCGUGUUUGAACAUUUUCGAAGAACCUCCUCGUGUCCGCGUCCUCACUCUCUUACGCAGUUCCACCUCCUCUUCCUUUUCUUCCUCGUUCUAAGCAGCUCUGGUGGUGAAAGAAAAGUUGUCAACGGGCGGGGUAGUUCUGCAGUGUUCUCCCUCGAUCUUUCUGUGUGUUCCCGAGAAAAGAAACGCGACGUACUUGCGUUAGAUGUGUCCUUUUGCAUCUCCUUUCCUCGAUUUUUAAAAAACGCACCAAGUCAGAGACGCCUUUUGCGUUCUUCAAGAACGCGCGCGUAGCAACAACGCUCGAGUUGAACGAGUUGUUCCACGACCGAGUCUAUUUUCUGCGAUUUCCCUGUGUGUGUCUGAGACUUAUUUGGAGAGCAUUUCGUCAGCUUUCCCGUUCUUUUCGUUGGCAAGUGUCUGCGUCGACGCAAACAAAGAAGAAAAGCCGAACCUUUCCUUGUUCGUCAGCCACCCGUGUCGAUCACUUCCCAGAAAGCCCGCUCAGACGAUUCCACGCUGUUGAAGCACGCUCGGCGGUGCAACAGAACACGCGCGGCAGACCGGUCCUAUUUCGCGGGAAAGUGCGCGUUUUUUCGCGAGCAAAACAGCACAGAAUUUGCGAGUUUCUCAACUGCAUGUGCCUCGUUUAAUUUGCUUAGAAAACACCUUUCCAGGACAACUCUGCAUACAGUUAAGUAUGUGCAAGUCGCGUGAGAGAAGCAGGGACAUCUUCGGUCGCGCUCUUGGGUCAAGGAACGCCCCGAGUAAACGUUUACGUGGUCUUCUUCGGUGACAGUUUGCGCAGUUUGUGUAAUUUCGAGAUCCAAGAAAACCUGAAUGGGAGGCACGAUGAAUCGGCAGUUUCCCCUGCCUUUUCCAGUUUUCAGACCGCUUGCCGAGACACGCGUUUCUGUAGAACAGUUUUCUCGAACGGCCAACUUUUUUUUCUCAAAUGCACUCUCGCCGUGGCCAGCCUCCAGUUAACAGGUGGAGAAAACACGUAUCGAAACAUAGGAGCGAAGGUCAGAGAAGGAAGGGAGAAAGACGCAACUGCGCGAUACGAGAGUUUCUCGCGUCCGCUCUUCAAUACUUUUUCCUCGAUCUGCAUCGCCUUUUGCUUGAGAAAUUCUCUUUCCUCGACCUCCUCUCGCUCCGGUCCCGUUUCCUUUCUCUUGUUCGGAGAAGGCAGAAGGUGAAAGGCAGAAAGCAACUGUGAAGAAGCUGAAGGUGAAUCGAAACGAACUUGUCCGUUGUUCCUGCGACCGAGCCCGCCGAAUACGACUCACUGCAUGUUUCUUCGAGAACGUUCUCUUUCACUGUUAAGAAGCCACUCUUUCUCUGCCGUCUCCUCUUUUUCACCUCCGCCUUUUUUCUCGGAGACUCUCGAAAAAACAACGAAAAACCUGGCAAGCUCCCUCCGGUCGAGCUCGUGUGUCUCAUCCAAACUUUUUCUGCCAGGCUUCCCGCGUUCUUCCGCGUGUACAUACACCUAAGGAGUUCUGCAAAGAAGGCGACGCGCGUUGUAGCGUUUAGAAUCUCUCUCUGCGUUUUUGCCUUCGAUUUCUGCCGAGAGUCGCAUCGGACAAGACGACUCUUUGUGAGCAGCGACGCGAGCGCGGAGACACCUGGCUCCUCUCUCUCGGAUCAAGCCGCCGCGUUCUGUCUCCUUCCUCGGUGUUCCGAUUCGCGCUUUGCACGGACGAAAUGGUGACGUCUUUGUACUUUUCUGUAUUGGUGGUUCCGAAGUCGUUCUCCGCGAACAGCAAGUCCUCGUGACUCUGGCCUCCUGCAUGGCCGUCGGCGUUUCUUCUGAGGGUCUAGACUCCUCCAGCAGUCUUUGUCUUCUUCUCCGUGUCUCUUGCCCUCCAUCUCCAGCUCCGAAGAAGAAACGUCUGCGCUCCGUAGUCCAGCAAAUGCGCAAACUGGCUCUGAAGACUUUCUAAACGAAAGGGUAACUCUCGUUUCCGACAGCCCCUGGGAAUUCCUGCGUGCGGUCUUGGGAGGACCCUCGCCGCGUGUCUCUCCCGCGGCUCGCCUCGGCCUCGAAAGCCAUCUGGCGCCUCUGUGUUUCCUCUGAAAAAGCUCGACACACUCAAAUCCUAGAGCACCUCGAUCUCUGAAGGAAGCUGCAUACCGCCGCUGCGUGUAAUUCCACUGUGUUUCCCUUCUUCCUCGUUCACUCGCGUCGUCUCUACCUUCCGGUUCGCUGUCUCGUCUCCUCUCAGCGGUCCCCUCAGAGCGACACACGCCUCCUCGGCGCCCCUUCCGAACGGCUCGCUCGACGACUUGCAGAACCUUUCUUCGUUCGUCUAAUGUUAAUGCGAGUCUUUGCUUUUGCCUCACAGACACCGGUCCCCUGUUCGCUAUGACUGGGUGGAUUGUUCGUUUUUGCGAUGUAACAUGAGUACGAAUCUCUGUAAACACUUGUGUCUCGACAAAAAGACGGAUGGACGUCUGCUCAACCUUCCUCUUUUGAUUCCGUCUGGACCCUCGCUCUGCUUUCUUCUUCUGUCGCCGCUCCCGAUUUCUCAACGUUCUUCCGUCUCUCCGUUCUUGCCUUCCGCGCCGUCUCCUUGCCUCUUGAGCGCCUCCCGGAAGCCGGAAAAGUUUCGUUUCUGCGCCGCAUCUCUUCUCCGCGCUCGCGUCUCCGCAAGCCUUCUCGAACGAUGGGAAGUGCACUCUCUGCUUGUCGCUGCUUUGAGGUCGAGCCGUUCGUAGAUCACAUCUCGGAAGUUUGCCCUGCACGCGACAAAGCGGAGAACGGACCUCAGCGUGGACGCAACGACCGUCAGGGAAGCGACAACGCUGUGGACCGCAGCCAGGUGAUCUACGAAGGCGCCUACAAAGACGGCAAACGACACGGCUUCGGGGUGCUCCUUCGACCGUGCGGUUCGCGCUUCGAGGGCUUCUUCCUCAACGACGCUGCGAACGGCUUCGGAAAAUUUGUCCACCCUUCCGGAGAUGCGUACGAAGGACAGUGGAAAGACAACAAGGCUCAUGGCACUGGGAAAUUUACUCACGCUGACGGGUCGUUCUACGAAGGCCAGUGGGUGUGCGAUGUGCAGGAAGGCGAAGGCCGCGAACAGUGGAUCGACGGCUCUUCGUACGCGGGCAGCUACAGAGGCGGCCUGAAGAGCGGAAGCGGCCAGUUCACAUUCUCCGACGGCAGUCGCUACGAGGGCCAGUUCCUCGAGAACGACAUCCACGGAGAAGGCACUUACGUCUGGAGCGACGGGAAGAGCUACUCAGGGCAGUGGAUCCGAAAUCACAUGAAUGGGAAAGGGCGAAUGGUUUUUCCUGACGGACGCAUGCACGAGGGCGAGUAUGUCGACGACCGCAAACACGGAAGAGGUCGUCUGAUCUGGCCAGACGGACGUUCCUUCGAGGGCGAGUGGCGAGAAGGGCGCCAAGUGCCUGGGAUCGGAAUUUUUCGCGACAGCGCUGGACAAGAAAUUCCAAAUGCUCGUCUCUCCAAACCAAAGAACCCCACAGAUUCCGCAGCGCUUCCCAAACAAGGGCCGCCGAACACUUUGUCGGACGGGAGCAAGGGAAUCUCAAACAGCGGGAAGCGAGAGGCGGAGGAACGAAGCAGAAAAAGGAGUCUUUUCUCCGUCAGCCGCAGCCACCAGAGCCGGAAGAGCGCCGAGGUGUCUAGACACCCGACGGGGGGAAGUUUGUCGGCGCUGCGGCAAAACGAAGGAGACAGCUCCUGUGCGUCUCUGGAAAAGGCGCAAGGGAGAGACAAAGAAGAGAAAGAAGGCAAGGAAGAAGAAAAAGACGAAGACGAAGAACCAGGAGACCUGAAGACGAAGGAAGGUCGUUCGUCUCGAGUUUCGAUGUGGAGCAAAGGGGGCACUCGUCCAGGGAUGGCUACAGGAAAGCGGGAGGUGUCUGCUGAGGACUGGGAGGGAGACCAGAGGAAACACAAGGAAAGAAGGAACGUCUCCCGUCUGUUCCACUUUCGUCGGAAGACACAGGGAGUUCAGCGACGUGGCGAAGAGGGGGGCGAAAGUCACGCAGAAAUUUAGGAUUUCUGAGAUGCGAGGUCUGAGUCCGGAGCAUUCGUUUUUCCUGUUUGCUCCACAUUUCACCUCUCGCCCUCAGGAGCUGGUGGACGGGGCUGUGUUGGGGUCAACAAGGCGCGUCUCUUGGUUUUGAGCGCAGCGAGUCUGCAAGCGACGUUCGAUUUCCACAAAAUGGGCAUGCGAAGACGCGAGUGGAACCGCGAAGAACAACCUUCGUGUUCCUGCUCUUUGCAGGGACCGCUGUCGCAUCCAAAAGUCCUUCAGAAACCUCUGAGACACGAAUUCUAGGUCGAACAUUCGCACCUCGAGAACAACACUUUGGCCCUGAAAAAGGAACCUAUACACGUUGACAAGACAUCCACGGAGUGACCGACGCAUGCCUCAGGUCCUCUGAACGUCCGAGUGUAUGUACACUGUAGAAUUCGCAUUCC